AUGCCGGACACCACCGCGCUCGCCAAGCAGUACCGUCAACAAGUGCUCGACGAGCUGCCCCCACAUGUCCUUCGCGCACCACUCGAUGAGGCGCCGGGCUCGAACGUGACCCGACUUGUCGCGGAGCUCAAGCUGCUCAGUCAGCGUCAGCUCGACAUCACUGGCCUUGAUGUCGUCGAUCUGGUGGCCCACAUCGCCGCGAGGAAAUACACGAGUGAAGAGGUUGUGAUUGCAUUCGCUCAUAGAGCUGCGUAUGCACAUCGUUUGGUCAGUCCCCAUCCCCGGUUCUCGGGCCGGCCGGCGAGCCAGCACGAGCAACUCGAGUUGUCCCUGCCUGCUCUGACCCGCAUCGCUCUCUCCACCUUAUCUUCGGUCAGACGUGCUGCUUGACCGGCAUGUGGCUCGACAAAGCCGUUCAGAGGGCUCGAGAACUCGAUCAUCACCUCGAAAAGCAUGGCACCACCAUCGGCCCCCUACAUGGACUCCCCAUCUCGGUCAAGGUCAGACUUUUCCCGUCGCCCUUGUCCCCAUAGCGUUCUUGGGCGGCUCCCACUGAACCGAGUUCUUUCUAAUUCACAGGACCAAUUCCAAGUCCAAGGUCGAACCACCUCCCUAUCCUACCUCUCCAAACACGUCCUCGCAAAACCUUCUCCAAAAUCCUGCUCCUUCGUAACCUUGCUCGAAUCCCUCGGCGCAAUCACCUACGUCCAUACGAACCUCCCUCAAACGAUCAUGCAUCUUGAAUCCUCUUCCUUCUGGGGUACGGUCUUGAACCCUUACAACACCUCCCUAACCGCUGGAGGCUCAUCGGGCGGCGAAUCGGCUCUGAUCGCGAUGCGAGGCUCCGUAUUAGGACUUGGCACCGAUAUCGGGGGCUCCGUCCGAUCGCCCGCUGCGAAUUGUGGGUUGUGGAGUUUGAGACCUACGAGUUCGAGGUUGCCGAGCGCGACGGCGGCCGUUCCGGGCAGGGAUUCCAUCAUCGGCACGGCGGGUCCGAUCGCGACUAGUUUGAGGGACCUGGAGUUCUUCUUGAGCCUUGUUUUGGCCGAGGAUACCAAAGUGUGGCGGAGGGAUGCGAGUCUUUUGGAGAUGGCUUGGGGAGUAGGGAGGAAAGGUGCUUGGGAGGAAGGGAGUCAGAAGUUAAGGAUAGGGGUGAUGUGGGAUGAUGGAGAGGUCAGACCGACGAGACCGAUACGGAGGGCGUUGGAAGGCGCGGUUCAGAGGCUUACGGAGAGUGAGCUGAUUGAAGUGGUUGACUUUGAGCCUUGGAAGAUGAGGGAAGGGUGGGAGUUGACAAGACAGUUGGUUAGUCUCGGGUCAAGCAGUCUCAUUUUGGACAUUUCGGCUGACCACCUCUACCGCGUUCUCACGGGCGCAGUACUUUGCUGACGGCGGGAAACGCAUCCGCGACUUGCUGGACGAAUCGGAAGUUGCUGAACCUUUGAAGCCCCUGACCAAGUGGCUACUUGAAGAAGCUGGUAAAGAACCGCUAAAGGACCAUUCGGUUCAUGAAUUGUGGAAGGUGAGCACUCGGGGUCACUCGGAAGAUGAGAAAUUCUGCAGUCUGGCGCUGACAGAGUCAAAGCUUCUUCGGUCGCUCAUAGCUCAACAGCAAAAGGGAAAAAUACCGCUCUGCCUUCCGAGAACAUUGGAACAACUCGGGCGUGGACGUUGUCCUGUCCCCCGUUGCACCGAACCCACCCCCGAGGCACGGCGAGGCCAAAUGGUGGUCGUGAGUAAACUCGACUCGCUUCUUCGACAAAGAGGAACUAUGCCCUCACCAGGAGGUCAAUCUACGCACAGUUAUACCUCACAUUGGAACCUCGUCGAUCACCCCGCGCUUGUGUUCCCUACGGGAUUGUUCGUGGAUGCGACACUCGAUGUCGAGCCGACGGUACCUCGCGACGAGUGGAGGAACGACGACGAGCGAUUCGUGCAUGAGCAUUGUAUGUACUCCCGUCCGCGAACGCAAUGUAGUCACGCUAAUAUCCGACCUCCCGCAAUGUCGCAGACUCGCCCGAGAUCUACGCCAACGCUCCUCUUGGACUACAGCUCAUCGCGCGGAAGUACCACGACGAAGAAGUGAUCGCGGCGAUGCGUGUGAUCGAAGGCAUAUUAUUUCACAAACAGGUGCAGUAG